GUUCUAUCUAUUCUGUUGAUUUGAAUCUAGAAAACCACAAAGGUCGAGAUGGACAUUUCAACCAUCUUAGGGAGCCAACCGGAGAUGGCGAACAGUCUCAACGCCGAGGUAUCUGUGAACACCCAGGAGAACACACAGGAGAAGACCCAGGAGAACACCCAGAAGACCACCCAGGAGACCACCCAGGAGACCACCCAGGAGAACACCCAGGAGAACACACAGGAGAACACCCAGGAGAACACCCAGGAGAACACCCAGGAGAACACCCAGAAGACCACCCAGGAGAACACACAGGAGAAGACCCAGGAGAACACCCAGAAGAACACCCAGGAGAACACCCAGGAGAACACACAGGAGAACACCCAGGAGAACACACAGGAGAAGACCCAGGAGAACACCCAGGAGAACACCCAGAGGAUUGAUGAUGAGGAGUUGGGAAGAGAAGGGGUAACAGCUAUACAUUAACAUCUUCAUCUGGAACAAUGAUGAAGUUGAAGUUGUAUAGUAAAACAUGAUGAUUGAUCUUUAUUUGAUUCUCUUUAGAUUCUCCUCUCCUGGAUCACCAUCACAUGAGUUAUCCAGCUGAAUUUACACCUGAUAUCCACGAUCAGGACAACAGGGGAGAGUACCAGUUCCAGUUCCCCAGUGCAGGUCUGUUCCAGUGCAGUAUAACAGGCCUGGUGUUCAGGAUGGAGGGAGAAGGAGAGGUUCUCUAUAGGACAGUCCCCUGGGACAGGAGGCUUCUAUCCCAGAGUGGAAAGAGACCUGCAGGACCUCUGUUCAUGUUUAGAUGCCUUAAGGGGUCUGUCAGUCAACUACACCUUCCCCACUGUGAGAUCUACAAUAGUGGUGGAUGUGACUUCCUGUCUGUAGCCCAUGUGACUGAUGAUGACAUCAUUGAGUUUCUCCCUCCUCUUGAGACAACAGACACACAUGUCAUUAUAAACAUCAGUGGAUUCUCUGCUUAUGGUGAAGUCAAGGAUGAAGACUCUCCCACCGUUCCUAUAAGAGCACUUGUCUUGUUGUUCUACAAGCCCCCAGAUGUUCCUAAAAAGAGGUCCAUCCUGAAUGUGUUGUUGCUUCCCAGAAAUGUUGUGAUCAGGGAGGUGCAGGAGGAGUGGAAAAGAAGGAAUGGAGACAAAUACAUCUACAUUGAAACAAAUCCUCGCUGCCAACUAACUCCCAAUAAAGAAUACGAGCUCUUCACAGAUCUUACAGAUGAAUAUCUAAUUCAACCAAAGGAUGCAGAAUUUGUGGAUUUUGAAUCCUAUGAAAACUACUUCCCAACAUUUCAGUUGUUCAUACAAACUGUUGUUGAGCAAGUUAAUCUUCUUCUGAAAGACAAUGGUGGUGAAGAAUCUGUCUGGGAAAGACUUGUCUGGCUUCAGUUUUGA